UCCCAGCAUCCAAAGGGGUGGAGGAAGCGCUGCCCGCCCCAGCAGGCUUGCAGAGCGCUCCAAGGCUCCCGCGGGCAACGGGAUGAAAGAUGCAGCUGUGAGCCUGGGCUUGAAGCCUUCCCUUAAGGUGAUUCCUCUUGAGGUUCUCCACUCCCUGAACCUGCAAAGGAUCACUGCUUGGAAUGACAGAUGUGUAAGAUCUUAGAGCAGAUGGGACCCAGGUGCCAGUUUUUCCCGCUGUUGCCCUUGCUGAUGAUCUUCCUGCUACCCAGAGAUUCAGCGCUGCUGGACACAGACGGAGGCUGGCUGACCAGCAGACACUCUGCCAUAAUGGAAGAAGACAGCUGUACUGUAGAGAGGAGGGAUGCCACACUAUCCUACUCACUGUUCAUUGAACAGUAUGCUUUCUCUCGGCCCGUUAUACUUCGGGGAAUAACGGACAAUUUGGAGUUUCAGGCUCAAUGCACCAAGGACAAGCUGCUGGCCAAGUUUGGGGAUCGCCCAGUGCGUCUCAGCACCGCCAACACCUAUUCUUACCGCAAAGUUGACCUGCCCUUCCAGGAUUAUGUGGAUCAGUUGCUGGAACCGCAGGACCAGACCUCUCUGGGGAGUGAAACCCUCUAUUUCUUCGGAGACAAUAACUUCACGGAGUGGGGCCCUCUCUUCCGGAAGUACACCCCCCCACCAUUCCGGAUCCCAGGCACCACUGGAGUGUACAGUUUUGGGAUUGCAGGCCCUGGCUCUGGGGUGCCUUUCCAUUGGCACGGCCCCGGUUAUUCGGAGGUGAUCUUUGGCAGGAAGCGCUGGUUUCUGUAUCCUCCAGAGAAAAUGCCAGAGUUCCAUCCCAACAAAACUACUCUGUCUUGGUUGCUGGAUACGUACCCCUUCCUGCCCCCGUGGGAGAGGCCAGUAGAGUGCACCAUUCACCCUGGGGAGGUCCUCUACUUCCCAGAUCGCUGGUGGCAUGCCACCCUCAAUCUGGACACCAGCGUUUUCAUCUCCACAUUCCUGGGUUAGCAGACCUGGAUGGUGGCACCUCCUUGGACUUCUGGCCAUUAUCCCCUGACGGCGUUCAAAGAAAGAGGAUUUCCUUGUCGUCGACCUUUGCAGCUGGGCCAUCCCAGCCUCGUAGCAGGCAUUGUAGCAUAGCACAAUGGUUUAAGGCGAAGACAAGUGGUGGUUUGCUGAUGGACCGUGGGCCAGGGUCUGGAGCCAGGGUAGGCAGUGUGGCUUCCUCCACCACCAAGCUGGGCUACAACUCCCAUCUUCCCUGGCCACUGACGCUGCUGGCUGAGAGUGAUAGGGGUUGCAGUCCAAAAUAGCUGGAGGGCACCGUGUUGGCUACCCCUGCUCUGAAGGAUGACUUACUGAAGUGUUCUCCAACUUGGAGCCCUCUGCCUAUUGCUGGACUUCAAAGCCCAUCAGCCCUGAGCAUUGCUUAUGCUGGCUGAGGUUGAUGGGAGUUGUAGUCCAACAACAUCCGGAGGACCACAGCUACCCCCAUCCCUGGUUUUAAAAAGGAGAACCAGAAAUUGCUGACCUCCUGAUGACCACUCUUUGUAACAUUUACCCUUCAGGAGGUUUUGUAAUUAUAGGUUUACUUACACGGAAAUGGCAUUACUUCCUGACAACUUGAGCUGAAAAUUUGAGAGCGCUUGUUUUGGGUGGAAUUAAAAGAGGCUGUUUGCACACCCUCACCUGUGAUUAAGGCACAACACUGUAGACUGCUGUUUACAGCUGAGGGCCCAUUUUUAUUUUUAAUAAGCCUCUGUUCCUUUGUCUACUUUAGCCGCUGAAAAAAUAUGAAGCUGGCAACUUUUUCUUUUUGCCACCACAGGGUUCCCAGCAAAAAAAAAAAGCUUCACCAGGGAAUUUCUGCACAUCAGGCUGAUGUCAGACAGAAGAGUGAGGCACACUUGAAAAAAAAAUGUUUGGGGCAACUUAGGUACUUAUGCAGCUUCUUGGUAUCAAAAUAAUGAGCUAUUCCAAGCCUUCCCUAUACAUUCCUCUCAUUUGUCCAACCAUCCUGUCCAUUCUGCAAGCACAUUUUUUGUGUUUGAAGUCAUUCACUGUCUACCCCAGGGACAGGGAACAUAUCGUUGGACGCCAGCUCCCAUCAGUAUAGCCAGUGCUCAGGGAUGAUGGGAGCUGGAGGGACCACUGGUUCCCCACCCAUCUUAGGCUCAUGUCCCAGCCAAUCAGGGAUCACAUAUUAAAUGCACUUAGAGUCAUAAAGCAGUAGGGGAAGAAGAGUGCUAGUCUGGCAGCACAAUCCUAUGCAGGUCUACUCAGAAGUCCUGCUGAGUAUGACAGGGCUUACUCUUGGGAGAGCGGGCAUAGGAUUGCAGCCUUAGAGGGCUACCCAUGAUUUAGUUGAGGCUUCAUGGAAAGAUACUGCUAAAAUUGUCUCCAGAGGCAAGUUCCCCUCUUUGGUAGACUGCACUGGCACAUGCUCACAGGCCAAGCAAGAUUCCCCCUCAAAAGAUGGGCAUGCAUGUUCAUAGGAAGCUGUGUUAUAUGCCAGGUCAGACUGUUUGUCUGUCUAGCCCAGGCCUGUCGACACUGACUGGCAGCAGCUCUCCAGGGCCGUGGGCAGAGAGGCGCCUUUCCCAUCAAACAUGACCUGAUCCUUUUAACUAGAGGCACAUGCAGAGCAAGCGCUCUACAGCCAAGCUAAGGUUGCUCUCACUUUGAACGCGAUGAUGCUCAUCAUACAGUGACUUGCAUGACUGAGAAGGCCACUGCAGUUCUAACACGGCAGACUUAGACCAGAGGAUUAGACCGACUACCUCUGGGUGUUGUUUCAUUCCAAACUCCCAGCAGCCCCAGCUGGCAGGGCCAGUAGUCUUUCAAAAACCCGAACUUGUUUGUAAAGUGGUCCUCAAAAUCAAAGUGGUCUUUGUUUUGUUUUAAGGGGGGGGGGCAGGAAGGAUGUGGAUGGAAGGGAAAAAAAUUAGGGCAGUGAUCAAGUUUUGCAGACAGGCUGCACAUCUCAGACCUCUGUGGGUGUUUUAAGGAAACUUUGCUCCUUAUGUAGACUUAGAAAUCAGAAUUAAGGAGCAAAGUUGCAAACAGGUUGCAAUUGCUCCUUUGUAAAGGGCAGGGGAAGCUGGUCCGUAAGGGCAAAUGGGGCGCUGCCCAACAAACUUUAGUCUGCCUUGUUACUAUAACCAAUCAGGGAGUGCUUACUACAACCAAUCAGGGAGUGGCUCUGCCUCACAUUGGCCCUGGCUCUGCCCUCUGUUGGGUCACCCUGCCUUCCGCCUUACCAGUUCCAACGGGCACAAGCCAUAACCGAUGAAGAGGACAGCGCUUUGGACAGGCGGUACUUUUAAUGAUACAGAAUUGCACUUUUGUUUCCUUAUGGCAGGGAGAGCGCACAUCUGGAGUGGCCCUCUGGUUGUUGUUGGACUCCGACCUCCCAUCAGCCCCAGCCAGCACGACCAAUUAUCAGAGAUGAUGGAGUUCGAGUCCCAACAAAAUCUCAAGCACACCAGGUUCUCCCUAUCCUUGCUUUACAGAAGGGGAGUGGCCAGUGGGGAGGGGUUAAUGGAGAAAGAUGAGAUUGGACAAAACUAGAAUGGUCAAGCACACAUACGAGAGGUAUCACAUUUCCCCCCUUCACUUCACAGAGUAUCCUCUAUCCUAAUAACAAACUUGUUUUCCAAGGGCAGCCAAACAGGACACACACACAACAGGCAUCAGCAGGUUUGGGGGAACCCCAUGGUUUGCAAAAUUUAAAAAAGCACACACACAGCUAGGCUGGUGGUCACAGGAUUCUGAACACUAAGGGGGGAAAGUGGAAGAGGGGUAUGUAAUAGAGUUUCCUGAGAGAGGGCAUGGCUGGCUGGAAUCCACAACAAGAGCCAUCCAUGCUGCAGCAUUUUGUCGCAAGUCCCAUUUGUAGUAAUAUUAGCGGAGAAAAGCAAGGAUGGGGAGUAGCAUUUUGAAAAGAAAGGUGAGGUAUACGUUUAAAUAAAUGUGAACAAGUGGGAGAUUCCCAACCUAUCACAGCUGCAUAGACACCAUACAUUUAAAGCACAUCUGACCCCCAGGAUCCUAGGAACAAUAGUUUAUUCACAUAAGGCGCUACAAUUCCCAGUGUGCUUAAGCUACUGUGCCCAGGAUCCUUAGGGGAAAGGAGAAUGUGCUUUAGACACCAGCUAAAAAGUCCACCUCUGAGUGUUGUCAGUGUUGCCUUAAACCUAAGGGUCCCCCCCAGCACCACGAAACAGCCAUGUGCAAGACGGCUUGCUCGGAUAUUUAUUUACCAGUGUGACCAAAGUUAAGAGAGAUUGCCCAGAAGCUAGGCAGCUUGCAUGCCAAAUUCCCUCCCGAGGAGCAAAAAUCCCCACAAUAAUAAAAAAGCUUCAAAUGCGUUAUUAAGGGCCGGGAGUUUUAAUCAAACACAAAAACAGAAUUUUCAUCGAGUGGUUUAAUGGGAAAAGAACUACCUGGAAGGGGGUGGGGUCAGCAUCUCCCGCCCACACACACAGGCGCUCACCCCGCACAAACCCAAAUUCCAGUCGUCUGUAUAAUAAUUAUUAUUUCUAUGUGCCCAGCUCCACUGCCCAGCCCAAAAUAAGUGGCUAAUCUAUUUACAAAGAAAAGAGGCAACACAAGAAAUAUGAAUCCAGCUAUCCUGGACAGACAGGAAAAUGGAAUGAGAAAAAAAAAACCCACUAAAACUUUGUACAGACGGAGCGAGCGGAUGAGGACGAACAGUUCAAAGGCAAGCUGGGGAGAGGGGAGAACAGGUCCGGUCCGUUUAGCGUGUCACUUGCCAUGGAGGCUUGGCCCGCAGUCAGCAGCAUAGCCGGAGUGGAAGGUGUGUGUAUGUGUGCAUUGAGGGGAACAAGGCCAUUUGCCAGGAGGGCUGCUGGGUGCAAAAACAGUGUCAUUCACAUGACUCUACGGGGUCCCGAUGGGUGCCUAGGCCCCACAGAGCACACUUCUUGGCCCUUGGGAAAAAUGCCACUGAGGACCUCCCUCCUCGUUUUGCUUCUUUAAACGGGGCUGGCCUUCCCCGCCAUCCCGAAACUGGGGACCAGGCCUCCCAUCUUGCCUGCGUCAGAAAGCAGCCUGGGAGCACUGACUUGCCCCAGGGAGGUAACGGGCCCUAAUUCAGCAGAGGCCAAGGCAGCCAGAGUGGGAAAAGGACGGGUGGUGGUGGUGGUGGAGAGAAAAGCGAGACAGAUCAAUGAAGUAAGGCGUGGUGCUGGCCCAGCGAACUUAGAGAGGAUGUCCCUUGGCAGUCUGUGAGGUGCCUUUGCUGCCGAGACGGAAAACAGGGCGAGGAGGCCGCAGCGACAGCCUCUCCCCCUCGGCCGUCAGUAGUCUUCUACCCAGCCGUUUUCCGAUAUGAACGCGUCGAUCACCUCUUUCAUGGCAAGGUUGGGGAUCAGCUGGUCCUGGGUCAGGGGGCUGCGGGUCACGGGGUCAAAGUGGCCGACACGCUGGAAAGAACAGAGAAGAGCCUGAUUAGGCCAGGGUUCCAGAACUCCCCAUCACCACCACCAUGGACCACGUGAAAAACCGCUAAGGACCUUGGUGGACCCCUGAAUGGUUUCGCUGCCCUUUGCAGCAAUUCUAAUGCUCUGUGCUAGAUGCUGCGUGGAUUUAGUUGCAUUUUUAUGGCUCCUUUUAUUUCUUAAUGCAUCUCAUAGGAUUCAAAUUGUAAUGCAAUGCAAGCAAUAAAAGGAAUUAAAAAUCAACAUGGAUAUUGAAUGCGAUGGAUGUGCAGCCACAAAUCCACAAACAUGCAGGGGGCCACCUGAAUGAAGCUCACAGAUCACGGGUGGUCGGUGGGCCACAGUGCGAAUCCCUAGGCUAGGUGGAUGGCCAAAUAGCCUCUUGCGUCUCUAGCUCACUGCCGCCCCCCAUGGCCAGAUUCAGUGGGCCCCUUUUCUAAAAUUUGUCACACGAGACAGUAUUCCGAAAAGUGUCAGACAGCUGUCCCCCGAAUUAAAAUGGAAGGCAUUUAAAAAUAUUUAAAAAGAGACUCAACAUGCUUUCACUAUUAGACCUCAGAUGAACUUUAUAAAGUUUGUUCCAAAUUUGGGGGAGGGAAGGUGGGAUUGGCAGUAAAAAAAGGGGGGGGGCAAAACUGCUUCCCCACUUUUGUAUUUGCAGGAACUGGAGGGGUAAUUUUCAAAGGCGGGGGAGGGUCAGAUUGUUCUACUGCAGCUCUGCACUGGGGAUGACUGAAUUACUCAGUUACACCUCUCACAGUGUUGCGGCAGAAGCAUCCGGUUUGAUGGGAGGCCGACUGGAAGGAGGUACGGCUGCAGUAAGAAAUCAUGCAGAGACACUGCAGGCAUUCUCCUCUUUAGAUGGGUGCUUUGGGUGGUUUGCUUACUCAAGCGAAUUAUUUCUCGUUGCACAUCAUCUUUCAGUGCUCAUGCAUGUGGGUAGAGCUCUUCUGUGCAAGUGUGUGUGUCUGUGUGUCAGUCAUCCUGGCCCAAUCAGGGUCCCCUUAUGUGGGGGAAGUCUACACAUGUACCUCAAUAUGCAGAAAGACCCUUUCAGGUGCCAGCUGAAUGCUGAGAUGGUGGGGCUAGCCCUUCAAAAUUCGAGUUUUCUUACUCCACAAUGAAAAAUACGGCCAUUAUAUUAUGCAGAUACCAUCUUAUCAGGAGGUUCAUUCUGUACAAUAUAGGAAACAGAGUGUGGCAGCACCUACCCUGUGGAAUUCCCUCCCUUUGAAUAUUAGCCGGGUGCCAUCUCUGCGAUCUUUUCUGCACCUUUUGACAACUUUUCUUUUUCAACAAGCCUUUUAAGUUGAGAGCUAUCCCAGUCUGUGUUUGAAUUGCUUAAUAUGUUUUUUAAUAAUGCUUUUAACCCUUUUAAAAAAGUUUUUAAAAUGUUUUUAACGCUGUUUUGUCUUAAUGUAUUUUAAGAUCUGUUUUUAUGAUGUUUUAAAAGUGUUUCUAGUGCCUUGUUUGCCGCCCUGGGCUCCCGCUGGGAGGAAGGGCGUGAUACAAAUCAAAUUAAUAAUAAUAAUAAAUUAUGUGAUGGGUUUUCCUAGGUGGCUAUGUGAGAAUGAGAGUUAAAAAAACAUGUUUUUAAAUUUGUAUAUUUGUUUUUAAUGUUUUAAUUGUUGUAAACUGCCCAGAGAGCUUCAGCUACGGAGCGGUAUACAAACGUAAUAAAUAAAUAUAGCACUAUGA